GGUAGGGUUCUCCUUAUUCACUUCCAAAAGCAUCUUCUUCUUUCUUAUUUUCUUUUUCUUUUUCUUUUUGAUAUAUUUUCAUCAUAUAUCAUACUUUUAGAAAGAAAAUUCGAAUCACAUACUUUCUUCUCUCUCUAUAUCUCAUCCUUCUUCAGUCCCUCUUCUUCUUCAUCAUCUUAUUACUCAACUUUAUAGAACAGGAACAGCAAAACCCUAAAUUUUAUCUGUUCAAGCCCAAGACCGUACAGGUUUAGAAGCUCAGAUCUCGACAAUAGCAUAAUGAAUAUGGUCCCUUGGAAAGAUGCAAACGACGACGUUUCCGGCGGGUCUAGGCGUGAAGGAGAAGUAGAAGAAGAUGCAGAAGAAGCCGUCGUAGCCACCAGUGGCAAAACCGCAAUUACGAAGCCACCAACUUCGAUGUCUUCUUCUUCUUCGUCGUCGUGGAUGAAAUCGAAGGAUCCGAGGAUUGUUAGGGUGUCACGCGCCUUUGGAGGCAAAGACCGUCACAGCAAAGUGUGUACGCUGCGUGGUCUACGUGACAGACGCGUGAGGUUAUCAGUCCCCACCGCUAUUCAGCUCUAUGAUCUUCAAGAACGUCUCGGCGUUGACCAGCCUAGCAAAGCCGUUGACUGGUUGCUCGAUGCAGCUAAAGAGGAGAUCGAUGAGCUUCCUCCGUUGCCCGUCUCGCCGGAAACAUUCAGCCUCUUCAACCAUCAUCAGUCGUUCUUGAAUCUUGGCCAACGGCCGGGUCAAGAUCCGACCCAACUCGGGUUUAAAAUCAAUGGAUGUGUAGAGUCGUCUACUAGCCGUGAAGAAAACAACAAGGAGAGGGGAGAGAACGAUGUCGUUUUCACAAACAGUCAUCAUAUUGGGUCUUAUGGAACCUAUCACAAUAUGGAACAUCAUCAUCAACAACAUUCGAGUUUUCAGGCAGAUUAUCACCAUCAUCAACUACAUAGUCUUGUCCCGUUUCCAUCACAAAUCUUGGUGUGUCCAAUGACUGCAUCAUCAACAGCAACAACUAUACAAUCUUUGUUUCCAUCAUCGUCAUCAGCUGGUUCCGGGACUAUGGAAACAACGGAUCCGAGACAUAUGCAACAAUGGUGGCGGUAGUAACAUUCAUAACCGGAUGUCGUCGGUCCAAUUAAACCGGACAAGUAGAGGAAGUGAACACCCAAUGUGAAAUUAGAUUAUGGAAACCAUUGAUGUUCGAUGUGUUCACAAGUGAGGGGACACAUAACAAAAAUAAUAAGGUAGUUAAUAUUGUACUAUCUUUUUGAUUUUCCUGGUAUAUUUCUAAACAAGUUAAUGUUAUAGUAAAUUUAUUGUUGACUUGUAUUUUAGCAUGCAUGUGCUCCAAGCUAUAUACAUAUUUAGCUUCCUCGUAGGAUCUGAGUAAACACAAACACAAACACAUUUCACAACAUGAAAUGUAAUUAGUUUAUUUAGGGCUCUUUGUAUAAGUAACUGAAAAGUGAAAAUUAUCUAUGUAUAAGUAACUGAAAAAUGAAAACUAUGCAUUAACAUUCCUAGCAAAAAAAAAAAAAAAUAUAUAUAUAUAUAUAUGUAUCAAAACUUGAAAAUGACAAACUACAGAAAAGAUCGGAUUCGUCGAGAGAUGUCAUAAUAAUGUGAAAUCAUUAUAGUCUAUUAGUGAUGAUAUGUUAAUCGAGGUAAAUAUGAGUUUGUGUUUCUAUUUGACGCGGAGUGCAUUGUGAUGAUGAUUUAUGAUUAGCCAAGAUUUUAAUCCAUAAAUCCAGUUACCCAACCAAAACACCCUAACAUUGUAAUAUACGGAUAUGUCAUGUGAAUCUAAAUAAUAUAAAACUCAAUGAUCAGAUAGAAAAUUCACUGUGGAUGGUUUGAGCACACAAUAAGUGUCCUAUUACCUAGCAUUUUAGGUCGCAGUUAAACUCAAGAUACUAAAUUAUUAACAUGCCGUUUCCAGUUAAACUAAUUUAAGAUUACUAGGCUAAAUGCUCUUGUCGUUUCUAUAUGUUAAGUACUCAAACAAAUUUGUAGUAUCACAUGCAUGCUCAUCCACUACAAAUGUUGUGCUAUCGUAUAGAUACUAUACACAUUUAUGAUACAGCAUAUACAAAUGUAUAUAGUGGGAUGUAAUGGGAGGAUAUAUCAUAUAUAUAUAUAUAACGAAGGGGAAAUAGUUAAUUAGGGGUAAUAGAGAUAAAAGCUGAAUGAUGGUGUGUACGAUCUUUGAUUGAUUAGAGUGAAAAGGCUACCGAUCCAAUGCUCUGUGACUCUGUCAUGUAUCAUCAUACUUUCUGCAAAAAGCUUCCAUGUCGAUCUCUAGCUAUCAUUCAUGUAUGUAUAUAUUUAUUAUAUAUAUUUGAAAGUUUGCC